AUGCUAAUACUCAAGAGGCAACACUUUGGCCAAAAUUCAGGUCUCAAUUGUAGGCUAUCAUAUUGCCCCAGAGUCGAUCGCUAA